CCCGUGCGCUUGCUUCAGCUGCAGCAGUCACAUUUUCUCUGCUGCUGGUGGCGUGAGUCCCUGAUCCUUGCGCUGGCUGCCAGAGCAGCGCUGGGUACAUGGAGAGACCGGUGAAGGAUGGGAUCCUCUAUGUGCAGCACUGCAAAUUUGGAAAGAGGUCCUGGAGGAAGAUGCGAGCCCAGCUCUUUGCCGCCAGCCCCUCCGGUGUGGCCCGCAUGGAGAAGUUUGAUGUGAGGGAUGACGGCACAGCGCUGGACAAGACCUCCCUGCGGCGGUGCACCCGCCGGGUGAUCCGCCUCUCCGACUGCAUCUCUGUGGGCCCAGCAGGCACUGAGAGCUGCCCCAAAGCCACCGCUGCCUUCUACCUCACCACCACAGAGAAGAGCUACGUGCUGGCAGCUGAGCGGCGGGAUGAGUGGAUCACACAGCUCUGCCAGCUGGCCUUCCAGGGUGCAAAGGAGACUGCGCAGAGCAGCGCCAGGGCCCAGCCCAGCCCCACUGUCCCCAUGGAGGAGAACUCCCUCUACGCAUCCUGGCAGGGCUUGACCGAAUUUCCAGUGAUGGUGGUCCGGACAGACGCGUCCGACCGCUGCAGCCUGCACGGGCACUACCUGCUCUCAGCCCUUCCGCAGAGACUGACACUGAAGGACCCGCAGUCCCACCAACCCCUGCUCACCUGGCCCUACGCCUUCCUCCGCAAGUUCGGCCAGGAUCAGGCCAUCUUCUCCUUCGAGGCUGGACGCCGCAGCGACUCCGGUGAGGGCACCUUCACCUUCAGCACCCCACGGGCCCUGGAGCUUUGCCGGGCUGUGGCUGCCGCCAUCGCCUGCCAGCAGCAGGGCAAGGAUGCCCCAGACCUCCAGCUCUUUUGCACCCCAGAUGCCCAGCUCACUGCACAGGGCCCUGAAUCCCAGCCCUGGGGCCCCGGGGCUGAGGAAUGCCAGCCCAGCCCACCCCUGGCGGGGGCACAGCCUGCCUCCCAUCCCCCCACCAGCCUCCUCCACUUCCCCACCCCAGAGCCAGAAGCCCCAGGCCCCAUCGUUUACGCCUCUAUUGCCCGGGGCCAGCAGCCCCUCUGUGGGCCAGGGCAGCCGGGCCCUAGUGAGCCCUGGGCCGGGGGGAAACUGCUCCCUGAGCAUCUCUACGAGAACAUCUUCACAGCGGAGCCACGUCCUGCAGGGGCAGAGGAGGAAGAGGAGGAAGGGCAGUGGGAGCUGGGGUGCCGGCAAGCCCCUGAGGGCCACAGCAACGAGGUGGGCCCCCUCUAUGACAACCGGGCUGCCCUGGCACAGCUGCCGCGGGGCAGCCCCCAGCCCCCCGAACAGGGCUGGAGCCGAGGGGGGCAGGAGGCGCUACCGGGGCGCCCUGGGCACAAACCCCAGAGCAACCUCCGGGCCAAGCUGGUGCGGCUGCUUAGCCGGGAGACCCCUAGCCCGCAGGACUGGGCCUGAGGCCGAGCUGGGCGCCGUUCGCUGGUGUGGUGCCGUGAAUAAACAGCCUGGGACUGAG